CAUUCUUAACGAUAAAUACUAACUACCUCUCUAUGUUUCUCUUCGUCUGGUGUUUUGCAUUUGCAUUUCUUACACGACAUCACGUGACGACACCACAUAACACAAUCUUAACUUUAUAACUAUUGAGCAUCCCAAAGCUUUUGAAGAUUCCCGAGCAAAAGCACAGAUACUGUUUGAGAGGUUAUUGUUGUCUUUGAGGAGCUGGCUCUGUUCUACUUUACAAGGUUCGUCUUUUCUGCACUAAUGCUACCAAUUCUCGCCGCAAUUUUCGUGUGGUUGUGCCUGCUUUAGAAUCAUGAGCAGAGGAGGCAUUAGGGCCUGUUUGGAGAGGAAGAUAUUGUGGACUGUGGACACACAGAACUCUGGCCAACUCUCUAGAGAUAUCUUCACAAACCGGAAUAGGCUUUGGUCUUUUUCUUUCUGGUUUUCUGAUUUGCUCAGAGAGAGUGUUUUCUCUUCUCCAGCGCCUUCCCAUUGAUUAUGGCUAACAUUUGGUUCAAUGUGAUUGCUGAACUACUAGUGUGUUUUUUUGUAUUGUUGUGAAAGGAAGAAAAUUGUAGAUUUAUGUGGAAAGCUGUCUAGGAUUGCUUAUAAGAAAGUGCAACCGACUCAAAAGCCAUAGAGAAGAUAAAAUUGAAGGGUUGGAACAAACCUUAUCUUUUGGUGGCAAUCAUGGCUAUGUGCUUCUCUAUUUUGACUGUAAGGAAGGAGAAAUACAAGGGAAGUGGAAGGUCUUCAAAGGAAGAUUUUAGCACUCUACUUGCCAAACUACAAUCUUCAAAAAUAGCAUCAGUGCCAACCACUUUUGAUGCCACAUUAUCCAAUGGUAUUCCCAAAAAUUCAAGUUUCAAUUCAGGGGUUAUGAGUCCUGAUACUUGUGUGGAGGCUGAAGUACAGGAGGCUUAUGAACGGGAAGAUGAGGAUGAAGAUUCACUGAAGAUCAAGAGGGAAAUCUCUGAUUUUGAUCUCCAAGAUCAUGAAGCUGUUGCAGACAAAGGAUAUGGUGCCACUGAUAAAGAAAUAGAGUAUCCUAUUUUGUAUGAAAAUCAAGUCAACGAAGAAUCGGAUGACAGAACCGACAAAUACAGCCAAAAGAGUGUUGAAACAACCGAAAGUGGACUCGUCAGUGAUCCUGGGAUUCGCAAAGCUGAUUUGUGGACUUCUGCAAAGUUCAAGAGACACUUCUCUAACCUUGAAAAGUUUGAUGAGCAUGGUACGAAAACUCGUUUUUUGACAGCUUUAAAGUCAAAGCCUUUUGAUAAUUUUAAGGAAUUAUCAGCAAUGGUUAAUCUUGAAAGCCCUUGGUCAGUGAAGAGUCACUACAGUGCUGAUAGAGUAGUGCUGAAAAGGCAUUCUUCAAGUCAGUUACUUCCUUCUGGAAAGAAAAAAUUGUGGUGGAAAAUGAUCCUGCGGAGCCACAGGAACAUACACAGAACUUUCUCUGGCAAUUCAACGCUGGUUCCUGCCAGUGCUGCAUUAAAUAGUGGGUACUCUUCAGACACCCUUGAACCAAAACAAGGAAAGACAAUGAGGCCUGUGAAAUCCUCUGGUUCAAUUACUGCAGAAUCCUUUAACAAAAGAAGAACUGGUAAAAGUACAGAUAAUAAAAAGGGGAGCAGGUUUCAAAGUGACCAAUGGCUUGCUUUCUCCAAAGCGUCAUCAUCCUCUUUUGCCAGAGUGGAUGCAUGGGUGAAAGGUCUUGAAAUUCAACAACUACUUCCUGAGGAUGAUUUUGAUGUUGACAAUGGCAGAAGCAUAACCUUCCCACCUUCCCCUGAUACUGGUGGAACAAUGAUGAGAGCCACAUCUCAGUUGACUUAUGCAGACGCCAAUUUUUCAAAAGAGACUUUAACUGCCAUUAGUGUAGUCCAGUCUCUAAAUCCAGCUUCAUCUAUUGCUCACAUAUCUGGUAUUGGUGUAAAAGCCAUCCCUGCUAUUUCACACUUAUCCAAUCUCCGCUCUGUCAACCUGUCAAACAAUUUCAUAGCUCACAUCUCACCGGGAUUUCUACCAAAGGGUAUUCAAACACUUAACUUGUCAAGAAACAAGAUCAGCACUCUUGACGGCCUCAGAGAAUUGACCAAGUUGCGGGUAAUUGACCUGAGUUACAACCGCAUCUCGAGAAUUGGACAAGGUUUGUCAAGUUGCACACUUGUCAAAGAACUAUAUCUUGUGGGGAACAAGAUAAGUGAUGCUGAAGGGCUACACAGGCUAUUGAAACUAACACUUCUAGAUUUGAGCUUCAACAAGAUCACAACAACAAAAGCAAUAGGCCAGCUAGUAGCUAACUACAACUCACUUAAGGCUCUUAAUCUGCUGGGAAAUCCAAUUGAAAGAAACAUCAGCUAUGGCGAGCUAACUAAAGCAGUCUCUGGUCUUCUUCCAAAUUUGGUGUACCUUAACAAACAACCACUCAAGGCUCAAAGGACACGCGAAAUAUUAAGUGACAGUGUUGCCAGAACUGCCCUUGGGAACAGCACGCGGAGCUGUGACAAAAGAUCAAUAAGAAAACCUACUCAUGGAGGAUCAACUCUUUCCAAAGGGUAUAGAAGAAGUGCAAGUGCUUCCCACAAAAGCACGAACCGAACAAGGAGGUGAAAAAUCGGUUUUUAGUGCUUGUAGAAGGAACAACUCAAUGGGACAUGUUUCAUAUGGUUCUUUUCUUUGCAAUGUUACACCAGAGGAAAAUGUGUUAUAGGUAUUGCUGCCUCUUGAUUUGUUUUUUUGAUAAAAUGAUCCAUAAUCAUGUAGUGGCAUCAAGCCCAAAGGGCUCUAACAUGAGGGAGUGUGUCAGACUUAUAUGUGAAAGCCAUUAUUUGCUUUCAUCCUACAGUCUGAACUUUUGAAAUGUUUUUUGAUUGUAACAUUGUCAAGUUUUGAAGUAAUGGACUCUUCUUUGUCUCCAA